AUGGCGGGAAGAUACUUCCCCUUAACCGAAGCGAAAGAUGCCGCGGGGCCUGAACUAGAGGGGUUUCUCUCGGAUGGCGACAAGCCAAUAAUGUACCCUCGCGGCGGCUCAUCUAGAAUGAACUUGCGCGACAAGUUUGCUACCUCCUUGUUCGUUGCCAGUUGCAUCUUUUUGGGUCUUUCUGUGUGGAUUCAUUUGCAUCCCAAGCCACCAACAGACCGACAAUGCGUGAAGCAACUCAAUGUUCCAUCACCAGUUCACGAUGUCUUGGAGUACGAGGAAGUCCAAUUCGACAACGCUUUCUGGAAGCCAAGCCCAUACAAGGGUAAGCCGACACCUGAACUGGAGGCGAAAUGGAAAGAGUUGUGGUAUUAUGGCUCUUUCGACUUGCCAGACUCAUACUUGUCCUCCAUGAAUAAGUCCUCUGGUGGCGUUGGGGGAGAUCCCUGGGCCCGUACCGAGUCUGGAAAUCUCCUGGCGGGGCUUGAAGUUUUUCACAACCUUCACUGCCUCAAUCUUGUGAGACAAUAUGCACACAAAGACGAGUACGACUACAGCAACGAUCCAGCGUUUCACGGAAGUCCCGAGCUUGUCCUAGCGCAUGUUGAUCACUGCAUUGAGGCGUUGAGAAUCCGAUUGCAGUGCGCCGCCGACGUUACACCAUUUUUGCACACGAAGGGCGCCAAAGGCACGCAGCCGGAUUUUGACUCACAACAUAGAUGCCCCAAAUACGAUCGUAUUGUGGGAUGGGCCAAGGAGCGGCAGAUCAUGGUCGAGAAGUCGGACUCGAAGGGAGGGCAUGGGCAUCAUAGAUGA